GUCAUAAUCUGUUGACAUUUUGCUGAGAAGAAGUUCCGAAUCUGUUCUUCUACCUCCGCUCUCGAGUGGUCUCUUUAUGUCUUCUAUCGUCGUAUGCCUCUGUCCGCGGGCGUGAAGCGUCGGUAGAAUGGUCAAUUCAUUCUAUGACUUGAAAGCCAGCCCGAGAAAUACGUCGCUGUCGACCGCCGAAGGGGCCUCCGAAGCUGAUACUACGGUCGAAAGUGCUUCACUCGAAGAUGACAAGCAUCAAGUUGAAGAGCUCUCGCAAAUGAGCGCGGAAGAAGUUCUAGAGAAGGUCGAACAACUGAAAAGCAUGGCUUUCGCCUUAGGGGAGAGCGAAGCCCAUGAGAUGACGCGAGGGAAAUCACUCGACGUUUUCGGACUGAAGAACAAAAAGUGA